AUGGUGGCCGCCGGAUCCAGAGGCCGCACCUUGGAGCAUGUGCUGGCGUUGCUUGGGGCACAAGACAUCGAUGAAAUCAAGUCGAGCGCUUCGGCAAUGAUGGCGGCGGCGGCAGGGUGUGGUGGUGGACGAAGGUCUGAUGAGGGCGGUGACGGUCCGGUUUUGUGUAUGGUUAACGGAGCUUGGGUGGACAAGCAUUUUCCUCUUGUAGGUUCUUAUAAGGAAGAAGUAUAUAAGGAAGAAGUACUGAAAGGGAUCUACGCUUGUAAUGCAAAAACUGUUGAUUUUCAAAUGCAGAUUAAUGAAGUGGUAAAUAAAGUGAACUCGUGGGCCAAAAAAGCAUCAAAAGGGCUUAUCACAAACUUUCUACAACCUCGGUUGUUAUCUCCAGAAACAACAAUCGUUCUUGCAAAUGGAUUCUACUUCAAAGGAAUUUGGACCAGCACACGUAGAUUUGAUGCGAGUCUAACCGAAAACAAAACUUUCUAUCUUCUCACUGGAGACACCGUUUCAAUUCCAUUCAUGACGAGUUGUAAGAAAUAUCACUACGAAUCUUUUGACGCUUUCAAAGUCCUCAAAAUCCCAUACCAAAGUGCAAAACUCGAUAGGAAGUUUUCUAUGUAUUUCUUUCUCCCUCACGAGAGAGUUGGGUUACAAAAUCUCCUCCAAGAGCUGUGUUCUGAUCCUGGAUUUUUGAAGCAAGAUUACUUUGACGUAAGAGAAGUGAGUCUUGCCGAAUUUUGGAUCCCGAAGUUCAAAUUCUCAUACGAAUUUAACCAUGGGAAUGACGUUUCCUUUUGUUGA